GAUUCUGACUUAACUGCUUUCCAGGUAAAAUAUGGCUAAAAGCUUACGGAGUAAGUGGAAAAGGAAGAUGAGUGCUGAAAAGAGAAAAAAGAAUGCCCCAAAUGAACUCAGAACACUUAAAAGUAUUCUUAAAAUAGAUGGUGAUGUUUUAAUGAAAGAUGUUCAAGAGACAGCAACUGUGGUGGUACCCAAACGCUGUCAAGAGAAAACUGAAUGUGUGGUGCAAGAUGAAAAAGAUGACAUGAAAAUGGAGACUGAUAUUAAGAGAAACAGAAAGAGUCUUCUCGACCAGCAUGGACAAUACCCCAUAUGGAUGAACCAGAGACAAAGGAAAAGGCUGAAGGCAAAGAGAGAAAAAGGGAAAGGGAAAAGCAAAGCAAAGGCAGUAAAGGCAGCCAAGGGUGUGGCCUGGUAG